GAAAAAAACAGUACUACACUACACUUCUCCUUUGCGCAUGCUCACACACCGAGGAAGAGCCAGGGCUCGCGUCCCACAGAGGAUUUCAACUCUCCUUAAAAAGCUCUUAGGAGCUCAUCACCACCAGUAAAGCUGUAUAAGCACCGGGUUGACGGGACCGAAGGAAGUGGCGCGUCGUACGGGGAGCUACCUGCUGACAUCGCCAUGAGUUACAAACCCAUCGCUCCUGCGCCAUCUGGCUCCAACCACACUCCUCCAGGCUCUUCUGUGCCCUCUCCAUCCCUCCCCUCAUCGUCCAACUUUAGGCCAGCUUUCAGUGACUUUGGCCCACCCUCCAUGGGCUUUGUUCAGCCCGUCAAAGUGUCUCAAGGGUCCACCUACAGUGAGCUUCUGUCUGUUAUUGAGGAGAUGAGCCGUGAGAUCAGGCCUACAUACGCUGGGAGCAAGAGUGCUAUGGAGAGGUUAAAGAGAGGUAUAAUCCACGCCCGUGCACUGGUCAGGGAGUGUCUUGCAGAGACGGAAAGAAGCGCCCGCACAUAACCUUUUGGAAAGGUCCCUUCACCCCUCGCUCUCCCCCCUGUAGAAGCCUGCCCUCAUUGUCGUCUGUUUUACACCCAUUUUUUACCCCCAACCACUGGCUUUUUAUAGGUGCAUUAUGUCCUUCUUGUCUCCACUGUUCCCUGCAUUCCACCACACCCAUUUUGUUAAUGACAAACUUUCUGUGACAUGUGGGGUGUACGCAACAUGCAGUUUUGUAUCUAUUUUGAAAUAAGUGUGGGGAAUUUCAACACAUUUUUAAGUAGAGUUGUGAGUAAAAACCUUGGAUGGGAAUAUUUCUAGUAUUACUCAUUCGAUACUGGCAGUUGACCAAGAGAAUUGGCUUUUUUAAAAAUCAAUAUUCAAACUGCACUUGUCCUCAAGUUUCUAUUCUGAACGCCAUUCUUCAACCACUGAAUUUUUUCUGAGCAUCUUGAAUAUACCCCGUUUCCAUUCACUCUGGCUUUGUUUCCAUCAUAUUUUGUAGUGUAGAUGUUUCUCAAUCCCAAGAACUCUGUACAUCUCAAGUCAAUUUGUUAGUACGGAAAUUUUGUAAACCAGAUUUUUGCAGUUCGGUAUGUAUAUCUUAAUUAAAUAAUAGAAAAAAAAUA